AUGACUGAAGGAUUAGCAAAAGAAGCGCAAAUCAUUUUGCAUUGUCCUUUUGAUAUCACAGAUAAAGAAAGUGAAGAACUUCGUCAGGCAUUCAAUCUUUUUGAUACAGACGGCGCAGGCAUAAUUAAGGCCGAAGAAAUUCGCGUCGUUCUUGCAGUACUUGGCUUUAAUCCAACAUACGAAGAAGUUCAAGAUCUUAUUGCACGCCAUAAUAAAGGAAAACUCUCUGAAAUUGCAUUUGAAGAAUUUUCAGAAAUGAUAUUGGACAAAAUUUCCGAAUUACGCCCACGUUCAGACUUAAAGCGUGCAUUCAGAAAGUUAGAUGCAGACGGAAAUGAUGCUAUUUCCCUUCAAGAUUUGCAAGAUGUUUCUGAACUUUUAGGACAAGACUUAUCACGUGAUGAACUUAGAGAAAUCAUAAUGAAUGCUCGCGAUAAAUCCUCUCAGUUUGAUAUACACACAAAAGAUGUUGGUCAAAUCACUGAAAAACAGUUUAUUCAAGCUAUUAAGAAGCUUUACUCAUAA